AUGACUGCUACUUGGAGGGAAUUCUUUUCGUACAGCAAGUACACCACUGUCGUGACUCGCGCUGUGCGUGCGAGCCUGAAGGAGGCGGAGCGUGUCGACGCUGACCGUCGUGCGUUCCAGGCUCUGCGCUACCAGGAGUGGAAGAACGGCCAGAGCAGCGAGCAUAUCAACCUGGCGCCGAAGGAGAAGUAA